AUUUUUCUCAGACCAGACCCAACCCAUCUCCUACAACCAUCUGUCUCGGUGGGUGUUCUUUGAUCCUCUCUCUCUCUCCCACAAACCUAAAAAUCUCGGGCAUUCGAUCUCAAGGGGGUAAGGGAUCGAGAGAGAAGAGAAGAUUCAUUCGAUUCGUGAUGACGAUCGUAGCUACGCUUUUCGAAUCAACCAAGCAUAAUAAUAAAUGCUAUGCUCCAAGCUUCAUCGCUUUCAAUCUCUGUCUCGCUUUUAUCGAUGCCGCACUUGCUUUCAUUGCAUUCCUUCAGUUAUCUCGAUUUCACAGGCGGAAUAAACAAGUUGGAUGGACACGGCAAAAAGUGCUUCAUCUUAUGAUUGGCUCUUCAAACACAGGUUCUGUCAUUUAUUUCGUGGCUGCGAUUGUAGCGACUUGCACAAGGUGGCAUCAUUGGUCCAACGCAUUAGGUUUUCUACUUAUGGCCUUUCCCAAAAUUCUGUUUCUGGCAACUUUUCUUCUGCUUCUCUCUUUCUGGGUAGAUGUUUGCCAUCAGGGAAAUGGAGAGGAGGAUGAUGAUGACGAUGAAGAAACUAGUAUCCAGCAAGUGUUACUUGAAAAAAGCAAGAGCAAGCCAGGUUCUUCGAAUGCAAGUGAUCGUAGAAAGUGUUGCUCUUUUCAUGGAAUUCAUGUUGGCACCCGGCAGAAGUUUGUUGUUGCGGCGGUUGUUCUUGUGUUCAUCUUAAUGAUAUCAUUUGCAAUACUUAUCUGGAUUGCUUCCGGAAAGAAUCCUAUCAAUGCUUCAGUGUUGGCUCAGGUGUAUGUUGAUAUUUUUGCUGCAAUAAUCAUAAUUACGGGAGGAGGAAUAUGCUUCUAUGGCCUGCGUCUGCUCUUUAAUCUAAGGAAGGUGCGGUCUGAACAGGUUUUAUCGGAGAUGCGAAAGGUAUCGGGUUUAGCAGGCGUUUCAGUUGUUUGCUUCACCGUUAGCUCUUUAAUCGCUCUUUUCACACACAUUCCGCUCUUCUAUCAUUGGAACCCAAGCAAAUUACACGGCAUCAAAGCAUUGGUUCUUCUGAUCAUAUACUAUUUUAUAGGUUCCACAGUACCAUUGGCUUUCGUUCUAUGGGUUUUGCGGGAGUUACCUCCUCAAAACAUGGUGAGUAGACAAGAAGAACCUAGAAGAAUUACUUAUGUCAACUAUGAAACUGCAAGGCAGCCUCCCCAGCAGCCUCCCCAGCACUGGGCCUCAACAACAGUGUCGAAAAAUCAGGUUUCUAAGGCAAGUCCUAUAUGAAGCAGAGAAAUCAUUAUAUUAUUAAGUUGUUGGCCAGAAGCGAAAAUCCGCCAAUUCUCUUCUCUAGUCACCGGGGAAAAAGCUGCGGAGUGGUUCGUAGUCACAGGAAUGUGGUGGUGUGUUGUGCUGAAGUGAAUGAAAGUGGGAAACAAGCUCGUGUUCUUUCUUCUCUCUGUGUCGCCUUGGAAGGAAAAAAAAAAAAAAAAAGUGUUCAUAAGAUAGAAAUGGAAGCUAUGUAAAUAUAAAGAAUUUUUUUGAUUGCAGUUUUCUAGUUCUAGGUGCAUCUAUCAUAUGUGUUGAGAGAGUUCUUCUUCAUCAGACAGACUUGUGGGAUAUAAAAUGUGUUCUCACUUCUCAGGAAGAUAUCAAUGUCUUCCUUCCUAAACAGCGUCGUUUAACUGCA